AUGGCUGGUUACAGGUAUAAGGCUACUGUUCUUCCAAAGUUCAACAUUGACUUUGUUGUACCUCUGCUGAGGCAAGAAAACGCUAAAGACAUCUGUGUCAUCCAGCUACCUCCAGAAAUAAAAUACUGUAAUUAUUUUAUAAUUGUGAGUGGAUCUUCAACACGACAUCUCCAUGCAAUGGCACAUUACAUGCUGAAAAUGUACAAGCAUCACAAAGAAGAAAGUAGCAUUGUGAUGCAUUUCAUGCUGCCGGAGACACGAGAGGCUUAUGAAUUGGAGAAGCUAUGGACUCUUGGUUCCUAUGAUGACCAGUUAGCACAGAUGACUCCACAGUCACUGCCAGAAGACUUUAUACUUGGACUGACUCCUAACGACAGUGAUCAUCUUGAGACAGCUUUGAGUGGAAAGACAAAUGAGUGUGCCUUCACAGAUCUGAGAGACAUACAGCCUUGAUUAAUGACUUAACAGUCACUACAGUUGAUCAGUUCAAAACAGUGUAUUUAUUGCAUAUGCCUAGGUAAAGUUCUGAACAAGCUACAAAAAUGAUCAGAAUCAUUGAGGCUGGAAAAGACCCUUAAGAUCGAGUCCAAACGUAAAAUGUCAAAGAAGGAAUCCUAUCAUAAGGGAGCUUCCUGGGGGAGUCACUGUCUCAAUGGAGUUUGCAGUAAGAAGAGUGGGGCAAAGACAGCUGCUUAAGCUACUUACCCUAAAACUCAUGCUCAGCCUCUACGGUAAUUGUUUUUCUCAUUUCUUGGAAAGACCUACCUGUAGUGGCAGCGCAAAAAGACUUGAGUGCUGCCAGGAGAAACUACGUGAAAUAGUACAGGUUAGAUGAGGCUUCUUGUAUUAAGCCAUUUGCUUCUGGUCACGAUGAAGCAAGUCAUGCUCUGAAUCGAAGGAGAAAACAGACUGGUAUUGCUGAGCACAUAAAAGCCAAGAGCAGCAGCGACAAAUAAAUGUGUCUUGAGUUAACAGAACAGUAAGUCAGUUUUUCAGCCAAGGCCAAUCUGUUUUUAAUAAAAAAAACAAAACUUGAAGAGCUUCAAUUCCUUGUCUCCAUGUUAAAACAUUCAGCUCAUUCUAAGUGUGCAGUUGGCCCCUCUCCUAGUUUUCCUCUCACCUAGUUUCUGGAAAAGGACACUGAGGCAACACGCUAUGGCAGUGUAAACCUUCAGCUCCUUCUGAAGUGGGUGAACGUAGUUCUAAAGGAAACCCUUAGUCACUGAGCAUUACUUGCUGCUAACGGGCUGUCCAACACUUUCAGAAGUCAUUGUGCAGCAUGUUCUUGGUCUGACCGCCCGCAUGGUCUAACAACCAGUUAGAAGAGCUUCAAGAUGGUAACAAAACUUGGCAAUGCGAAACAAGAUGCUUUUCUCCACUACGGGACAGGGCUUUCAUCAUUAGAUUAGGAUCUCUUCCUUCUGGAGAAGCUUGCUCUGCCGUGCAUCAGGAAGCAGGAACCCUGAGGGCAAUCGCCUUUCUCCCCCAUAGCCCCACAAGCUACUUGAAGCUCUGUCUGUAUCUCUUCCCUGCACAGCAGCUGCUGUUUGUAACACUUAAAGAACAUGACCUUGGUUUUUGCUCAUGUGGUUGUGUUGUUUACAGGGAAGGGGGGGUUGUUUGGCUUUUUUUUU